CGGGACUAAGCCUGUCCAGUAGUAUCGCGUGCAGUCUAGUAUGAAUAGAGCUCUGGCAUUGACUACUGAGGGGAUAGCGGCUAUGGCGUUGUAUGGAUACAAGCCUGGCUACUGGUACCACCAGGCCCGUUGGAAGCCUAUAUCUGGGGAAGGGCCCUGGAUCACAGUCAUGCUCAAUUACGAUGGGGGUGAUGAGGUGAAGAUGAAGAUUAACGUGGAAGGGGCUAAAGAGGUGGAGAUGCGGACUGAUGGGAAACUACAGGACGUGAUCACGGAGGCGAAAGAUCGUGCGGAGAGGCGUUGCAGGAGGGACGGAGUGACAACAAGAUUGCAGGUAACGGUCUCAUAUCAUGAGACCGAGACUUCAAUGGACACGGCGGACCUGGAACAAGCCCACCUGGACAGGGACUCAGGUGGUGAGAGUGAAAUGAGUGAAGUGGGAGACCGGGAGACAGACCUCAGGUCCUGGGAUAGGCCAGGUGAGAUCCAGAGGCAUCACCGAGCCACGAAGCCGGUGGAAGAGGGACCCAAGGCCAACUCGAGACAACUGACGCCCAGAGGCCUCGGGCCGGGAGAGAAGCAGAGCAGGGGGAAAAAACAUGUCUGAAAAGAUGCGCGCGCGAGAGGGGGAAAACGGGACUGAACUGAAAUGAGAAAAAGUGUGCGGUGUGAGACGGACAUGCGAUAUGCUGGGAGAGCGAACAGAGGUGAACGCGGGUACGCAGGAGUUGAUGAUGUCAACCUUGCUGUCAAUCGCCCGAUAGAGGUUUUUCUCUUUUGGUUGAGGAAAUACGAGUGGUGGAAGGUAAGGAGGUGUUUUACACGUGUACAGUGUGCCACAGUGAGAGAGUCGAGAGGAAGAGAGACAACGCCAGGGGACGCGCAAGUACACGUA